UCCAAGAAGGUCUGCUCUUUCCUUCCAUUUUCCAUCUGUGGUUCCAAAACACAGACAUUACAGCAUUAUGGGCCAACCGCAAGAUUGUCAAGCAGAAGCUUGUGAAAUCCAGUCCUGCAUCCAACGCAACAACUAUGACGAAUCCAAAUGUCAAUCUCAAGUAUUUGCGCUCUACAAAUGCUGCCUCAAUAUGUACCAGACGGCAGAGAAGGAAGGCACAAAUCCUCCAGAAAGCAGCGCAUGCCCUCUGAAGGAGAUUGUGGAGAGAAGGAUGAAGAGAUUUGAGAAGUAACGACGCAUCUUAAUCUGGCCAGCAACUAGGAAAGAACAUGACAAUUAAUAGAAUUAAUAUGUAUAACUAUCAACUAACAUUAUCAUUGUAUCAGGUCAUUCUUCUUUUACCUAGCUUUUAAUAGGGUAUUAUCGCAGAUACAACAAUUACUUCAAAAGCAUAUCAGCAACCAUGGGCCGACUUAUACAUCAGCUGCAUCAACCCUUGGUAAAUAUAUAACCUCCAUGCUCUUCUAACUGGAUUGCUUCGGCGGUGGUCGGACUCCUUCGACGCGCUAGACUAUUUUGUGUAGCGAUCAUGUGGUCUGUCGCUGGAAAUCAGGACUAAACACAGAUAUGGCUAUUGUGGAAAGUAGGAGGUGAAUCAAAAGGAUAAAGGGUGUGGAUACUCCAAGUUCACAGUCUUACAAUGUAACAAUCAAUCCGCAGACUUAGUUUAUUUGAGCGUACUUGUUCAGAGCUGACGUUAAUCAUUUCCAGCUUGCUUUCCAUCGUCCUACUGUCAGGUACAGAUCAAGGAUCCGAAGUUGUUCAUUUUUUGACUUACACUGCGACAGAGAUGGCAUGGUUUGACCGCCCACACAGAAUUAACAAAGAUGUGGAUGUUCGAUACGAUAUGAUAGGACUAUCUUAUCAAUUUCGACGAUAUUACCUUGUCCUCAAAUUAGAGCGAGAAAGCUGUUCUAUUGUGGCGAUGAUCAACGGUUGAACGGGAACAGCGAACAUUUUCGGAGAUUUUUAACCUUCCGUAAUUUAUAAUCGUCGAGUAAGUUGCAAGAGAUGAUUUGUGGCUGGGUUGGGCAGACUUGCCCAGCCGAAUAACCACCCAAAGCGCCAGGAACAACAGCUUGAACAGCAGCAAGAAUCCCUCGAAUAUCAGGAUGAGGAGCGGAACAGGACGAAAGGGAGUUAGUUGGAAGAAAAAAUAUGUUGGCCUUUAAUGGCAAACUAGAGACGAGGUAGAGUGAAGCGUGUAGUUCGGCAUCUCAGAAGAAGCCAUCUCGCAGAGGAACUGAUCAUCAAGUGUAUACCCCUGCAUGAAAAGGGAACGCCGCCCUUCAAACGUCGAAUAAGGUGACUUUCACGAGCAUUAGGCCGAUCAAUGGGAAACAUGCAUUCUACUGGAAGAGAGAUGAGGGACUGGAAUGGAGCGAAGCUUGCAGGGGCAAAAGCCGGCUCAAAGGCCGACCGCAGCGAUGAUUUCGAUAAUUUGAGGAUGGAUAGAUCUGACCUGGUAGCAUAUAUAGUAACUGAAGGACAACAAUAUUGAUC